AAUGUUGAGUUGGAUGACGUGCGAUUUUUCUGCAAUGGUAGAUUUACUAUUUCCUGUUGAAGCAAAUAUGUGAAAAAAACGCGCUUGUGAUGUUUGUGUUUUGUAAGGCAUACUGGGCCUGUUUGUUUCUGUGGUUGGUGACAGAGGGUUCUUACGGAGCUGCGCUAUCGAAACAGGAUAAAGAAUAUCUAGAAAAACUUUUCCUCAAAUCCCAGGAUGUGAUAGCCUCUCCUAAACUUCGAAAUCGAUUCCUUGCUCAAUGUGCGACUCCAACCAAGAAUGUCUGUCCUAGAACGGCGAUUCUAUCAUACAAGAUAGCAAAGAACUUUUUCAAAGCUGGUGUAUCUCAACUGGAAAGGCUGAGAUUUUAUCAAAUAUAUUACUGCUUCAAAUUCGAGCAAGUCAAACUAUGUCCAGUGGAUGGUGGAUGGAGUGCAUGGUCUGCCUGGUCCAAAUGUCCUGUCAAGUGUGGAUUACAAGGAAAGCAGUGGAGGAACAGACUGUGCAACAACCCAAUACCCAUAAGAUAUGGCUUGCUAUGCCCAGGCCCAGCUCUUGACUAUAAGGGAUGCAUCAAACAUUGUAAAAAGACAGCAAAAGGCAGAAAGGAGGCAGAGACAUAUUUCAGUUAUAUGAAUGAGGGCUUCCCAAAAUUGAAACAAGAAUGUGAAUCUGGACAUUGUACAUAUGAUGAUGUGUCUCAUUAUCUCAAUGGCAAGGAGAUGGAAAAAUAUUGGGCCAGUUUGCAGUGUAUAUUCAAUAAUCGAGAUUGCCCUGUGGAUGGGGGGUGGACAAGAUGGAGCUCGUGGACUGCUUGCCAGCCAGUGUGUGGAUCAGGUUAUCGACAGCGAGAAAGGUUCUGCCAGAAACCCUACCCUAGGAAUGGGGGAUACCAGUGUAUCGGACAAUCCUAUCAAAAUCAUCAUUGUUUUGGAAGGAGGUGCAACAAAGCAGAUAUGGUUUUUGGACAUUAUUUCUCGGACUGGUCUGAUUUCUCGCCAUGUUCUGCUUCCUGUGGGAAAUACGGAGUUCAGUCCAAAAGACGGAUAUGCUUAGUACGAAAUAAAUGCCAGAAACAGCUCCUUGGGAACAACACCAAUGCAUUACACAUCUUCAGACCAUGUUUUAAUGGAGAUUGUCCAGCAAAAGGAGGCUGGGCCUCCUGGCAGGUUAUAGAUUUUUGUUCUGCUCGCUGUGGCAUUGGCAGGAAGUUGCAGUUCCGCCUGUGUAAUUUUCCAUACCCUACAGGAAGUGCGUCCUGCAUCGGUAACGAAGUGGAAACCAGUAUUUGUCGAGGCCCGUGUGAUGAAACUUGGGAUAUGGAAGUAAAGAAAUUCAAGAAACCAGCGCUGCAAAUAAAAUUAGCACCAACAGCUGGGGAUACUCCUGCUAAAGGCGACAAGUUCAGUAACCCGCUGAUCAAAGCUGUGGAGAAGAAUUACACGAACUGGAGCAAUUGGACUAGGUGUUCAAAGUCUUGCGAGGGAGGAUUCAGAUGGAGGGAGAGAGCUUGUAAGACAGAGGGAAAAUGCUCGGGAGAAAUAUUCCAGAGACAGUUGUGCAACACUGCAAAAUGCCCAGUUCAGGGAGGUUGGAGUACCUGGCUGAGUUGGUCCGUCUGCUCAGUCACUUGCGGACAGGGAGUGGAGACUAGAUAUCGGAAAUGUGACAACCCCUACCCACGUGGAGGAGGGACCUGCCCAGAGUUUCCCUCAGAGGAAAGAAAAUGCAACAUGAAACCAUGCAAAAAUGCCUAUCUGCAGUUUGGAGAGUGGGAAAAUUGGAGCCACUGUUCUCAACCAUGUGGCCGAAAAGGAACCAGAUUCCGUACCAGAAAAUGUAUUGUUCUACCCAGGAAAAAGUCAAAAGGGGCCAUUGGUGGUCAUUCUUAUCAACCAAAAAUGGCUGCUCCAAAAUCAGCACCAGUCCAAAAGAAAAUCAGUAAGGAGCAGCAUAGAAAGCAAACUAGUCCUACCUCUAGUGGUCCCAGUGUCAGUAAAGAUAAGGCAAAGCAAAAGAAUGUUGAUAACAAUGCUAAACAGGACAAACACAGUGGUGAAAUUCCUUAUGAAAAAUACUUGAAAACCAAAUAUGAAGCAGACAAGUUGAAAAAUCAACAGGAUAAACUAAGAGUGAUUUUACGAAAGAUUUUGCCAAAGCCGAAGCGUGGUAAACGAGCAGUGGCAAGCCACCACUUGAAAUCAAGAUAUCACUGGAAUCAGCACCACCACACACAAAAUCUGAUAAAGCCACACAAUCCAAAACUUCCAAAAGGAGUCAGGGUGUUGAAAGUUUGUUCUGCUCAUGGCACACACAUGAGGAGCAGAUGUAAUGUAAAGGACUGUCCAAUUGAUGGCAGAUGGGCCAACUGGGGAAGCUGGACAAAAUGUAGUCAAACGUGUGAGCAAGGUGUCCAUGUGCGAGAAAGAACAUGCACAGACCCUUUCCCUAAUGGCGGGAAGAAUUGUGUUGGAUCAGGAACGGAAACUGCACACUGCUUUAAAAAACCAUGUCCAGAUCUGGAUGAUAAAGGAAUAGGGUUUAAAGGCAAAGGUUUUCUUAGUUACAAAAGUCACAAGAAAGCCACACCUUUUCUGGUGCUGUAUAUUCUGUUUAAGCCUCUGAAUGAUGAUGGGGUGCUCCUACAUCGCUUUAGGAAAUGCGAUGACACCAGAUGUGCUCACGAAGUUCUUUUGACCUUGGAAGAGGGAAAGCCCGUGUUGCAGGCUGCUGAUGGAAAAUUUGGACUUGAAAUUGAAUAUCCCAACAAAUUGAAGAAAAAAAUUUGGCACACUAUUUUGGUCAGUAUCUUCAGAAGUCAUGCAUUUAUGAGGGUUGAUGAUGGGAAACACAGAAAUAAGACGGUGAAAUUCAAUGGAGAGUUGAACUUUGAUGCAAUGAUGAGUGUGGGCUGGGACAAACAUAGAACAAAAGAGAAUGGCUUUGUUGGAGAGAUUGCCUCAUUAAGAGUGAACUUCCGAGCCUUCAGUCUCUUCAAAGAUACCUCUAAAGCAGAGUAUGGUUCACCCUACAAAAAAGUCGGAGUUCAUCAUCUUCAGCUAGAGCCAACUGUUGCCUAUCCACUUUUCCAUGGCAACAACUACAUGAAGCUGUCUGUUGUGGGAACGACCCGGUUUUCCGUGGAUAUCAUUUUUUCCGCUUCCAGACUGAGUGGUCUUCUGCUGUUCAAUGUCGGGAAUGAGGAAAACUCGUACUUGUUUAUCAAGAUGAAAAAAGCAGUCCUAGAUUUCUGUUUUAAUUGCGGCAAGAAACGUGUGUGUACAGGCUUAGGAAUUAUUCAGCCAAAAGCUUGGUACUACAUUUCCUUAGUAGUGAAGAAAAGAACAGCUAAAAUAAGAUUGAAUAAUGGCCCAGCUAUAGAACUGAACUCCAUUGGUCCACACUACUCAGCUGGCAGAACUUUGUUCAUUGGUGGAGGGGAAAUCGAGGAUAAGUAUCAACUGGACAGAGGAGCGAAAACACAUGCUGGGUUCGUGGGCUACAUUUAUCGCCUUAAAAUAAAUGGGCAGCAAGUGGACAUGAAGGGAGCAGCCAUUAUGAAUGUAAAAGGUUUCCUUAACUCUAUGGGGAUGACUUACACAGCUAGUGAUGUCAUCAAAGAAAGUGAAAGGAGUGAUGUCAUGUUGAAAUGUGACUAUGCAUAUUACGCAAGGAAAACGGAAGAUGUAGACAUUAUGUGGUUUCAGGGCGACAGACUUGUCCAUGAGAACAAAACCAAGAGAAUACAUGACAAGUUGCGUGGUCAGCCAUUCACAAGUGGAUUAGAACUGGUGGGGGAUGGACACGAGGGGAUCUACCUGUGUGCCGUUCAUCACUCCGGGGUGAUUGUGGUACAGCACGCCUUCAUUGUGGAAGAACCUGUUCCUGUGAAUGUGUGGAGCAUGGCGAUGAAGGAGGAGGUGGGAGUCCGCAUUGUGGCAGCCAUCCUUCCUGUGGUGUUCAUCAUCUGUUUGAUCUUGGUCUGUCGGUACAGAGCUGAUUUAGUGGGAAAACAGAAAGUGGCUAAAGUAAUGUCCAAGUUACAGACAAUAGAACAAAUCAGGAAGUCUGAACUACAUAUAGCACAAAAUAAAGAAAAUGUGGGAGUGGCUAACAUGAAUGAAUAUGUGGACGAGAGUAAUUUGAACACACCGCGCGAUGAAGAUACCAGUAAUUUCAAUACACCACGAGACGAAGAUACCAGCAAUGUAAAUACGCCAAGAGACGACGAUGAAGAUACCAGUAAUUUGAAUACGCCACGGGACGAGGAUACUAGUAACGUUACGACGCCUCGUGACAGAGAUGCUAGCCAUUACAAGAUUCCGCCUCAUCACUUGGAAGAAAACUAUUAUGACACUAUCGAAGACCUUGAUGACUACACGUACUUGGAACCUUACGGGGGUGACAGAAACACCAUGCAUAACAAACAGGUAUUUUUUCAAGGGAAUGAGUAUGAGAUGCCACAAGGACAUAAGAUGCCACAAGGAUAUGAGAUGCCACAAGGAUACAUGGAAGAAUUCCCAGAGAAAGAUGAAGAUUUGAAAGAAAAUAUUGAUGGUGCUCUAGAUGCCAUAUUGGGAAAAUCUUCAAGAGGGUCCCUUAGCAAGAAAAAGAAAAGCUCUUCAAGAAGACGCAGUAAAGAAGGUGUCUCACAGGAAAGACAGAUGGAAGGAUACACAAAUGAUGGAUCAGAAGAUAUACCAAGACCAUUAACAUAUUUUGACACUCUUCGAAGUCGACAUGAAGCUAGUGUGAAAGAUAGAUCUGUUGCAUAUGUAACAGACUCUCAGGGCAACGUGUAUGAAACAAGGGGGACUUCUGUCAGUGGUCUCCCUCCCAUGCACUCCAGGGAGGGGGAGAGAAUUUUCUCUAAUGAUGUGAUUGACCAAGGGUAUCCCACCAGAGGAAAUGACUCUGCCAUGUAUAAUAUUGGUAUGGGCCAAUCUCCAAGCCAUAGAUUUCAGCAUGGCACUGAUUCACGGAGUAGUAUUGCUCAAAGGACGGUGUUGCCAAACAUGGCAUCCACAUUUGGAAAUCAGGGUGGCAUCGUGAUGACAGACGAUGUUGAGCCGGAGUUUGUGAAUGAUCAUCCAAGGACACCUCAAAGGGAACCAUAUUUGGAACAGGAAGAUGUCCAUAAUUCCUACAUGCAGCCUGCUGACCCACCCAUGAUAUUUAAGACUAGAAUAAUGGUUGGAAACCCAAAUGUUCAGAGCACACCCAAAGAUGACAAGGCAAAGUUGUCCUUCAUUGCUCCUCAUUCCUACAGUGACCACAGAAACAUAAAGAUCGACAAACCCAUGGACAAUGCUCAGAAGGAUGUCCCAGAAGAAGAACUGGUUGAAGUUUCAGGAAGAGAUCGAUACUUUGUGGUACCUGAAGCCCCACCCCCACCAGUGGGAGUCUCCCCCAUACCACCUGCGCCCCCACCACCCCCGAUGGCACCAUCAGCCCCACCCAUUGGUCGGAACAGCAAAAAGAAAUGAUGGCCCCUCCCUUGAGGCUAGGAGCAAAGCAAUGUACCCAUCGUCAGAAUAAAUUGUGUCAUUAACCCCAUCAAGAUGUUUUUUGUUA